GGUUAAACUCUCCUUUCAUGACUUGUAAAUAUUGUCAAAUUUGAUUUGGUUAGUUCAAUGUGUAACAUUACUACGGCGAGAUUAGUCGUUAGAGAAAUUUCAAGAAAUAAACAUGGAAUCCAACGGAGUAUUUAACUGUGCUGUCAGAGUAAAAACUGAGCCUUGCGAUGAGUCACUUUUGGAAAACAAUCGUAAUAUAAUUGACAAGACUCGAGAUACGCAAGAUGUUAAACUCUCAAGAUUUCUGCGAGAAAGUCCAAACCUCGGGUUUCAAGAAUAUGACGGAAUGUGUGAACCUCGUGAAGACAUGGAAAUAGUUUUGGAAUGUCAAGAUCUGAAGCCGAGUUUUAAUUUAUUGGCAGUUCAGAAAAUCGAAGACUAUUCGGAAAACUUGCACAAUACUAAAUAUAUUCGAGAUUAUCCGAAUAAAAUUAAAAUAGAAAAUAUGGAUGGAGUGAAAAAAGAAUAUUUCGGUAACGUUUCGGAAGAAUCGAGUUUGAAUUUAAACUGCGAAUUUAGCGGGCAAAAUGAAAAAAAUAGAAUUACAACGGACCUCAACGACCAACAGAGAUCAAAAACCCACAUCAGUCCGAUGCGUAGUAGUUCUACCCACGCAUGUAAUGUUUGCGGAAAGAUAUUCAAAUGGCGCAGUAAACUUCGAACUCAUUUCAAUGCAGUGCACUUAGGUGUCAAAGUUGCAUGCAAUGUAUGCGAAAAGACAUUCACAAAAAAAAGUGAUCUCAAAAGACACAUAGAUUCGGUGCACAACGGAAUCACACAUGCAUGUGAUAUUUGCGGAAAAAAGUUCUCAGAUAAAAGUAGUGCCAAAAGGCACAUUGAUACCACGCACAACGGUGUUACCCAUCGGUGUGAUAUUUGUAGAAAAAAUUUUUCAAGUAAGAAUAAUCUCAAUACCCAUAUCGAUUCGAUACACAAUGGUGUCACCCAUAAAUGUGAUAUUUGUGGAAAGACAUGCAAAGAUAGAAGUUAUUUCAAAAGACACAUCGAUUCGGUGCACAACGGUAUCACACAUGCAUGUGAAAUAUGCGGAAAUAAAUUCUCAAUUAAGGGUAAUCUCAAAACUCACAUGGAUUCGGUACACAGUGGUGUCACCCAUAAAUGUGAUAUUUGUGGAAAAAAAUUUUUAUUCCGAUCUAACCUCAGCAGACACAUUAGAGUGUUACAUAAGGGGAUUAUGAACACACGUAAAACAUGUGAGACUUGCGGAAAGACGUUCACGAACGUGAAUAAUCUCAAAUUCCACAUUGAUGCAGUACAUAUAGGUGUCACGUAUGAGUGUAACACAUGUGGAAAGAUAUUCAAAUACAAGAAAAGUCUCCGAAUCCAUAUUGAUUCGAAGCACAAUGAUGUCACGCAUACUUGUGAUGUGUGCGGGAAGAAAUUCACACAGAAGAGGCACCUCAAAAGACACAUACAUUCGGUACAUAAUGGUGUAACCCAUGCAUGUAAUAUAUGCGGAAAAAAAUUUGGACAAGAAAAGAAUCUCAAAGCCCACGCAGUUAUGGCACACUUGCAUUCGCGUAAUCUGCAUAAGUAAAUGUAUAAUAACUAUAUUUAUUUUUAAUUUCGUAAAAAAAUCUUACUCGAAGACUUAAUUUUAAAUUUGACAGAUACAAAUCACAAAUUUGUGCAUGUAACAAUUAUUAAUCGACGCAAUAUACGUUAUUUAAUAUUUUUUGCUCAAAACAAAAAAAGUUAUUGGUUGUAGAUCACUGAUAAAAAAUUGUAUUUAAUUAACAUAAACGAUUGGAUUAAUUGCAUGCACACCUAAUGUUCAUAAUUUUGAUUCAAUAUCAAUAAACCUAAUAGCUGCCCGAGAAAAAAAAAAUUGAUUCUCAAUCAUUUGUCUAUGUUUACUGAGAGGAGCAUCUGAGAAUUUACAAGAAGCCACAACAUAUAAAUGAAUAAUUGAAUUAUUAUUUCGGACAGCGCGCGAAGAAAACAUUUCAUGUUCUUAUCGUUGCUGUAUUUUUCAUAUUUACCUUUUGGGCAUGAAUUU